CGAACUUUUGACGCGAUGGAUACCGAUUAACCUGUCACGCUCGGAUCACAAUGUAGUGAAAAUGUCGAACGAAAGUAAGGAUUUCGUAUCAACCUUGGCUCUCGGAGCGUUAUUAAAUCAUCGGCGUGUGUCAAGUGUGCAUAACUGGUUUAACAGUGACGACGAAACGAGAAUUAUUGACACGAAUCGAAAGUACGCGGGUGUAUAUAACCUAUCCAAAGAAAGAGGGCGGUCUUGUAACAAAGAGAACAUUUAUGUUUUAGUACUACUUACUCGUGAUUGGAGACGGAUGGAAGUUGGAUGGAAGAAGAUCGUAGAGAGAGGGAGAGAGAUCGGUGUGCAGCGAGGAAGGAGAAGGAUCACGCGUGCGGUUCCUCGGUUGUUAGGUCGUCGUUACACAGGUUCUUAAAGGUCCCGUGGUCUGGCGUCUGGCUGUGUGUAGAGUGGAGCGAGCGCGCGGGGUUCUCAGUGUCGCCGCUUCGGACGGUGCGCGCGCAGAGACUCGACCGGCGCCCGCCAGGAGUCGCUGGCGCUGUGGCCGGCCUCGGGCUGCGCGAGCGGGCCGUUCAGUCUAAUUUGAACCGUCGCGCGCGCCCGACGCGGGGCCACCGACAAUCCCUUCUCCGCCUCGACGUGACACGAGGCUCCUCGUGCAUGCCGCGUGCAACACACGCGCCGAUCCCCCGCACGAUAUUAACCGCACGCGUGCCUGCCAUCGAGCACCAGCAGAAGCAUCGUUGCCAUCGUAGAAUCGGUGUCGAAGUCGAGGAGCGUGCCAUCGUCUCGGUUGCUCCUCCUCGCGAAUCCGACGACCACGCUCGUUCCGUUCACCGUCUGCCGGCAAUUUUCUCUCGCAAACCAGCGUCCACGUUCCGUUCCGUUUCGUUCGUUCCGUGUUCCCACGACGAUUCGUGCGCCCAGUGUUUGUCGUCGUUAUUGUCGGCAUUGGUGCCGCGAACAUCGCGAAACGUCGACAAGUUUGGACGGUGACGGGGAGGAAAAGGUGGAAGAAUCGUGUGGUAAAACUGAGCAGUGAAGUGCGUCGCAAGGGCUAGACUUCGACGGUCGACACUACCAACCGCGCGAGAGCCCCGUGAGUAUAUUUAAAUAGUGUGUCUCUCUGACUGGUCAGAGGAAGCCGACAGUUUCUUGGUCUCCUUCGUCGUCGUCGUCGUCGUCGUCGUCGUCGUCGUCGUCAUCGUUGUCGUCCUCUUCUUCUUCUUCUUCUUCUUCUUCUUCUUCUGCUUCUACUUCUUGUUCUUCUUGUUCUUGUUCUUCUUGUUCUUCUUCUUCUUCUUCCUCUCUUCCUCUCUUCCUCUCUUCCUUCUCCUUCUUCUUCUUAUUCUACCGCUCCUUCCUUCGUCGUGUGUCAUCAUCCUCGGCUUUUCCUCGUUCGGAGUGCAACGUGAUACGACGAGAGACCAGGCCACGACAUCGGGGGUGGCGCGAAAUUCUUUAUCGACUCUCGACGAUUUAUUUCGAGAUACGGAAACAGUGUCGCCGGCGGAGGAGUGGCGAGAAGAAGACUGCGAGCGAAGGAAUAGGAACAGUGUCGCAGAUGAUUUCUAAUCCAUCGGUUCGAUGACGAAACGGUUAACGGGAACGAUUGAUCAUCCGUCGUCGUCGAAAACGUUUGGAAAACGGUUCGAAUUACGGAGAAACGUGAAUGCUUCGUUAUUCCAAAUAUCGGAGUAUCGCGUAGCAUACAUGUAAGAAGGAAAAUAUUUACAACGGGACGGACAAGAAGGGAGCGAGAAGACGGCGAGAGGAUAAACAAUCGCGAAUCGACUGGCGUGCUUACGAAUAGAGUGGAAUCGCGGGCAGAAUGUUAUUCUCGAACGAUAGACAGGAUGAUCGCGAUUUUUGAACUGUACGUUUCGAUGCGGUUUAGAGGGAGCGGAAUCGGGGGACGUGAUCGUUUUCGAUAAUCGCGGAUAGAUUUCGGGGUCGCUGCCGCCAUCCAUCGAGACAUCAAGGAUGAAGAGGACGGUACUGCGUUGGUCCAAGAGCAGACAGCCGAGAAUCUGUCAGGUGGAAGUCCCGAUGUUGCGCUGCUGUCGGUGGUACAACACUUCGUGAACAGUGUUAUCGCAUUCUCCGACGACCGAAACCCGAAACCACGGGAGGGGAGCGAGCAAAAAGGGAGGUGUCGCGGGAAAAAAAGAGACCAGUUUCGGAACGAAUGAAUCUUCGCUGAGGAAAAUUGGAAGAGAGAGAGAGAGAGAGAGAGAGAGAGGAGGACGCGACAUCGACAGAGAGACGGAUCCUCUCUCGCGUGGGAACUUUGGAGGUUCGAAUUCGAAGUCGAAGAACGAAAGAUAGGGGGUGGAAGGGAGGUGUGCCAGAGAACGGUGUGGUGCGUUCGGGGUGACCGAGGUGUCGACCUCACCCCCGAUCAAACCGGCAACCAGGUCGGAUGAUGUGGGCGUCUCUGUUUUUGGCCGGGAUCUUAAGCGGCUGGUGGGGCGCACUGGCGCUCGCUGCGGCACCCCCCGCCAAUCGGAACUCCCUCGAGGAGACGUCGACGAGGACCACCAGCGACCAUCUACCAUCGAUGAGCAUCGCCGCCGUUGAAAAGCCCCUCGAUUACCGUUCACCAACUUGGAACUUCGUUACGCCAACUAUCCGUAGACGCGAGCUACGAACAGCCGAGCAGACCCUCGCUCAACCUACCACGGAUUACAAAUUACCGGUUCACGACGUCCUCCCAACGUCCUGGCCGACGACGAACCAACAACGAUCGAAACGACUCCACCACCACCACCACCACCACCAUCAUCAGGGGAGAUCCGUGUCGGACGCGCAAUUUGCCGAGGACGAUAAACGACUCGUCGAGGAGGAGUCGAAUUCGGAGUGGGCAUCCCACCACGGUCAAGAGGAUUCUUCCACGAGGCUCGUGGAGCGGUCGUAUCGAACAGUUUCCGCUGUUUCGGCCGACCCUCACCCCCAACAUGAGGGCUCGAAGGGGUACAGUUCGGGGGAGGAGUUGGACGACUCGAUACGCGACGUGUUCGUGUCCUCGUCGAAACGGGUGAACGAUCGUCGUCGUCGUCGUCGUCUCGAGGACGAGGCGAGCGUUCAUCCGAAGAUGGAGGAGUCUGGAUUGAGCCGGUUACCUCGUCACUCGUCGACGCACACGCCGAUUCUUUACCCGUCCGGGACCGAGUCGACGAUGGAGAGGCCGCGCGUGAUCAGAUCGACCAAGCAACGACCAAAGAAUCGUACGAAAGCGGAUUCUCCGCGGGAGCAACGGCGAAGAUGUCGAAACAAGGGCUGCCGGGGUCAGAAUUGGUGCCCCGACGUCGAUGUCGGGAACCGAGCUUACCUGGCGCCAACGGUGUUCGAGGGGAAGGCGAGGAGCAUGUCUUCGGUAAGGAAACCGGGCUCGAACUAUGCGGUAACGUUCGAGGUGAAGCAAGUAUACAAGAGCCAGCCCGGUUUCCAACCGCUUCAGAAGAACGACAGCGUGAGGUUACACUUUCGGGACAAAUCGGCGCCCGGGAAGUCGACCGUAUGCGGCUACGACACCGACGGGAAGCAGCAGCAGCAGCAGCAGCAACAGCAACGCGAUAAUCAGAGUGGUGUGGUGCGAGCCAAUAUUAAGAGGGGUAAAGUGUAUCUAGUGUUUGUGAACCGCGUGGGACCCAGAAACUUCACGAUCCUCGGUGAGCCGGUGAUACGAAGCAAGAAGAACGAACAGGCGGUGCAGGCUGUCAUUCGACCGGAUUACGUGAGGGAGGUUACGUUGUCCGAGCUCAGGGACUCGAUAGCGAGGUUACGGGAAAGAGUGAAGCUAGUAUGCCGAACGAGGGGCUCUCCGCCCCCCAGGGUGCACUGGCUCAAAGACGGUAUACCGCUGCACCCUCGCAGAGGCCUCAGGAUUCAACACAAACGGCGGAGAUCGAAAGUGGUGAUAUCCUCCGCGAAGCCUGAGGACAGCGGCAGAUACGAGUGCAUAGCUGAGAGUACUUCCGGUCAUCGGGCCUCACUCGCGGCCCAGCUUCUAGUCGCUCACGAUACGAGAAUUCCGGAAACCACGACGGCGGCCUGGCCGAGGCAGGAGCAGCCGUGCCCGAUAGCUGGAGACUUUUGCAUGAACGGUGGUACCUGCCUGUUUUUCGAGACCGUCGGUGAACCAGCAUGCAGAUGCGCGGAAGGCUUCACGGGUCUGCGGUGCGAGACGAAGGACGUCAUCAGCACCGGAAGUGUGUACAACCGGCGUAGGGCGCCGUUUUCCUGCAAGCUGGGACUAUCGACCUCGUACUACUGCUAGCGAUAAUCGCGCGGGGCCCUUCCAUUCUGAGUAGACCCUUUUCUAAAAACUCGAACUCGGUUUACUCGGGCUUAGAAUUAGAACCGGUCGAAAAGACGAGAGCCCACGAGAAGAAUGCCGUGAGAGGGCCAACGCGCGACCAAAUAACGAAACGAGGAGGCGAUUAUUAUUAUUAUUAUUAUUAAUUAUAAACGCGAUCGAUCUCGGGAUAUACACACACGCGCACACACACACACACAUACGCACGCACGCACACACGCAACUGCGAGAUCCAACAACUGCGAAACGAAUUACGCAGCGAAAUUCACGACGAGAACAUUGAGCAGGGGAAAACGAGAAAGAAAAUGAGAAAAAAAAACAAAAAAAAAAAAGAAAAGGAGAGAGCGAAUCUAUGCGCUGAUAUAUAUAUAUAUAUAUUUUUUUUUUUCGGUGAACCGUUGUUGUCGGGCAUUAGAACGAGUCCUCUGUAUUGUAGGAAACAGGUUGCAAAAAAAAGAAAAAUCAAUUUUUUUUUUCUUUUGGUAACCGGGCAUUCGUACCUUCUUCUUUCUCUUCUUCCGUUUCUACAUUCAUACCUCGACGAGUUUCUUCUCAAACACGAUUUUUUGCUCUAUUUCCUCCCUCGAUUCUUCCUCUUCUACUUUUAUCGUCGUCACUGCUGUUAUUUCUCCAUUAGAAAAAAAGAAAAGAAAAGAAAAGAAAAGAAAAGAAAAGAAAGGAAGAAAUGUCGCGUUACGACACGUGCCUUCCGUCUCUAUAGAAAUUUUAUCCGUGAGAUAGAUAGAGAACGAGAGAGAGAGAGAGAGAGAGAGAGAGGAGGAGGAGAAGAUGAAAAGGAGAGAGCAUAUGGCAUCGUGUAUUUGUAUGCAUGUGUUUCCGUGUAUCGAAACGCGCGUGUGAAAGGAAAACGGAGAGAUAGAGGUGAACGCACGAGAGUGUGCAAGGGAAAGAGUUAUGGCGGAUUCUUGCCUUCCCGAACCCCUUCAGUUUCAUAUCGGGAAGGCAGAAGAAGCGUUCGAGUGACGCUCGUGAUUCAGAAGUGGUGCUUGACCUCGAAAGAUCGCGAACCACCGAUGGAGAACGGGAGGGAGAGAGAGAGGGAGAGAGAGAGAGAGAGAGAGAGAGCGAAUGAGAGAGAGAGAUAGAGAGAAAAAAGAGAGAAGAGAAAAGAAAAGCGGAGAAGAAGCAGUGAGAAGAGCAUUCGAAGGUCGCACUUUUCGGAGUCUCUCUACGAGAGAACAAUACCAAAGAGCCCAGGGUCUCGAUAAAGGACGUCGCGUGAAGGGUUGAAACACUCGGGAAUCUUCUAGAUCGAUACGUCUAUGUAUACGUAUGCAAAAAAAAAAAAAAAAGAAAAGGAGAGAAAAGAAGGAAAGGGGUUAAACGUCGCGAGAAGAAGUACAUUUGGAAACAACACAAUCUCGAAACGCGUGUGAAUAUUUCCUGAAUAUAACCUUCGUAUCCCUCCCGUGGAAACGAAGGUGUGGAAAAGUGUGGAAUUUUUCUUUCAAACGAUUCGAAAACGAUGGACGCGAUUCGAGAUUUCGUGAUCGAUCGAUCGAUCGAUCGAUCGAAUCCGACACUUGGAUGCAUCGCACGCUUAACGCCCGAACAUCGUUACCCGUCCUCGGUGACUUUCCUUUCUUUCGGCGACGAUGGAAGGGGAAACGGCCGUCGUUGCACCGUCGUCGUCAUCGUCGUCGUCGUUGUUGUUGUUGUUGUUGUUGUUGUUAUUCGGACGGAGGGCCGGGGUCUUUUGUCAGACGUUGUUGGAAAAUACGGGGCACACCACCGGUGGAACGCAAAGUUGCGAGCGAAUACAGCUUUAACGACGCAAGAAACGAGAAGCUCGCAGCGGGCGAUAUAUAUAUAUUAGCGACGAAUGUCUCGGUCGAAAAUUUCCUCGUAUUUUUACGCGUCCACCGGGACAAUUCGAGAACGAUCGAUCGUGUCGCGCGGCCGGAAUAAAUAUCGUAAUUCACUCGCCGGCGGACGAAUUAUCAUCGACCCGUGAGGUGACCGGUCGUCGUCGUCGUCGUCGUCGUCGUCGACGUUGUCGUCGUCUCGAUUCUCUCCCACUUUCGACACUGUUCCUCUAUUACUUCGUCGAGGCAGCUGCGUUUCUUCCCCCAUCCCCCCUCCCCUCCCCCCACCCCGAAAUUUUCCAUCAACGAUUGAUAAGGGCCGUAACCUCCUUACGUAUGUAAAAAUAUCACCGAGGGAAACGAGGGGUAUAUAUUGGCUCGAGGAGAGCCAAUCGGUGGAGAAAAGCGAGGGGGAAAAAGAGACCACUAGGCAAAAAAAAAAACGAUUUUAUGUAAAAUAUGAUAAUGUAAUACGCGUUAGACUAGUUAAAGCAGAGACUUAAGAUAGUUAAUGAAAAUAGAGAGCACAAGAGAAAAAUGAGGGUAGAGAGGAGGAGAGAAAGGGAGGGAGUGAGAGAGAGAGAGAGAGUGAGAGAGAGAAGAAAGAACGGGAGGGAACGUGUGUGUGUGUGUGUGUGUGAGGGAGUGUGAGAAGGGAGAGAGAGAAAGAGUGAGACAGAACGAAUAAAAAUAUCGCAACGAUUAGGAAAUGGGCACGUUGGGUCGAGAACUUUCCGAACGAGACGAUUGGAUGCAUUUAAUUAUUCCAGAUUCGAAAUUUCGAUAUCGAAUUUUCAUGAAGAUGUUAUUCUUUUUUUUUUCUUUUAAAUAACUUCGACAAUUUUUAUCUGUUGCUUCGUAUCGUUGCUUCCACGGUGGUAUUAUUUCUCUCUCCCUUUCUCUCUCUCUCUCUCUCUCUCUCUCUCUCCCUCUCUCUCUUUCUUUCUUUUGUAUUCUUUCCCGUGAAACACGAGUUUUUUCACGACAGCCACCAAGAGAGAAAGUGGAACGAUGAUAUUUUGGGCGGACACGAUGGCGAAUCGAUCUCUUCCGGAAUUCUCGACGUUACGGCUUCGCGUGAGGAGAAAAAGAUCGCAAAGAAAGCGCAACGGAGAGGGCGCGUCGAAAUACGCGCCUCUCUCCACCAGUCUCGGGACUCUAUUUAUGUUUUAUAUUAUAUUAUAUAUAUAUAUAUUAUAUAUAUAAAUAUGUAUAUAAACAUUUUUAAUUUAUUUAUUUAAUUCAUUAAUUUUAUUGAUUUAACGAUUAAACGUCAUCUCCAUCUCGGCAACCAUCUUUGUUUUUUUAAUCUUACGUUGACCUUUUCGUUACAUUUAUUUUUAUUUUUAUUUUUUUUUUUCUACUUUCUUCCAAGUGUUGUUGAACGGGUUAAAGAGCACCAAGUUUUUUUCGAUUUUUUUUUUUUCUCUUUCCUUUUUUUCUCUUGCGUUUCUAAACGCCGACAGGUAGGUGUGACGAAAUUUUUCUUUUGUUACCAUCGAUCCCGUCUCGUUUGCGCAGCGUGCUACUACGAUCCAGCAACAACGAUAAAUGGGCGACGAUCGCACCGAUUAAGUCCCAAGAUCUCCAAGUAUCCGACAAUCCGGCGCUGAAUCUGUCGCGAGACAAAGGGAAGGUAAAUGCGCCCGUACGCGAAACGACCGAUUCGAAACAAAAGAUUCUUCCGUUGGAGAAAGUUGAUAGACGGAUUCUCGAGGUCGUGGCGCACGAGGGGUAAGGUCGUCGUCGAGUCGCGACGAAAGAACCCUCGAAGAAAGCCAAUAGAAAUUUUCAUAGCUGGCGAAGAAGAGUUCCUUCGUCUACAGCCCUCGCUCUCUUAUUGCAUUCCAGCGAGUCGUUUCGAGACAAGUCACUUCUCUCUCUCUCUCUCUCCUCCUCCCGUGAAAAUAGCUUUCCGCCAGUUUCCGGCCGACGAGAGGAUGAGAAGCGAUAAACAACGGCCGAUUGCUAGGUUGGAACGCGACUUUCGCGUUUUCAUUCUCGAAAUCGACAAAGGACGACAACGCUGUCACAAUCAGAAGGACCGAUCCAAUGCACGAGGACAACGCGCGGCCGAAAAAAAAAAAAGAAAGGAAAAAGAGAAAAAGGGAAAAAACGAAGGAAAAAAGAGGGGAAUAAAGAGAAAACGAAACAAUUCGCUGGAAAGCGUCCCAUCACGAGUGCACACGCCUCGAAACGAUGUGUAUUCCGCGAGCGGCUCUAUCGUAAAAAAAAGAGAAGAAACUUCAUAAAAACCGAGCUAUACGACCGCAUCGAUCCUCGUAACCGCCCCUCUUCGAGCUUAGCUUCUUCCUUUCGAUCCGAAUUCGAGGGUCGCUGACCAUAAAGCGGAUGGAAAACUUAUCGAGCAGAAAGAAAAUCGCGAAAGUAGGUGGCUCCGUUCGAAAUUUCGUUUCCGUAUCCGCGUGCAGAUUUUUCCCUCACACGGACGAAAAAUUGUCGCGCCCUCGUCGAGUUGAAUCGAGCCGCGCGACGGGGCCAACCUCCAACCUGUUACUCGGGGAAAAAUUCGUUGGAAAAAAAAAAAAAGUGUGAUAAUUCAUGAAUAAGUCGGGCCGUUACAACAACGGGCGAUAAAUAAAUGCGCAACAUACGUCCUGGCAAUCGUUCUAAAAUAGAAACGAUUUACCGGGUUACCCUUCGUGAAUUAUAAUCGAGAUCUCGCGGCAACGGUGCUCCUCCCGCUUUAAAUUUAAUACGAAUCCAACGUUCCAUACGGACGUUCCAACUUUCCCUUUAAACGGAAUAUAAUUGCGAAUCCCAACGAUUCGAACGAUUUUAACGGGCGAUUUAAAUUUCGAUUUGCUCGUUUCACGAAGGAAGUUGCAAGACACUGCACCGGGAUUCGAACAGAUUCGAAAAAAAGGAGAAAAAAAAUAGAAAUAGGAAUCGCUCCUUCGUUCGAGUGAAAUUCAUUAACCAAUCGAACGAACCUCCCCCUCUCCAUCUCCCUCUUGUGUUGGGAGACAAAAGAGGAGAAAACGAUACGAUAUCCGAUGAGCGGAUUUCGGAUUCGUUUUUCCAAAUUAAAUCGGCCGUGGUCGCCUUUUAUUUAUUCUCGCGCGCGAUCUUAUUUACCCGAACUUUAUUUCUGGCCAACCUUAUUUUUCUCUCGUUUCGUUCGACGACGAACGACGCCCCCGAACCUCGCCCCGCCCGGUGUCGAUUUUUCGCGAGAAACGAGACCACGCUCGCCGGGAUAAAAACGUAUGAAUAUCUUACCGACCGAGCUGUAUUAAACCUGUCUUAUGCAUGUACCCUCCCCGAAGAGAAAUUGCUUCUUACGGGACCCGGUGGUCUUGCACCGGAAAAUUCACUCGGAUUUUUCUGCUCCCGACCGCGCUUUUUUCCCCGACACGGCCAACAAAGGCCACGACAGAAACGCGACAAGUGUCUCCCACUGGGAAAGGAGCAGCCGUUGCUCGUCGCUCGCCGAUCGAGGAGGGAGAAAGAGAGGGGGGAGGAAGGAGGAUAAAAAUUCCGAGCAACGACCAACUUUCUCGAAUAGCGGCGUGCUGGACAACGAGGUGAUUAAUCGCGAUGUUAAUUAUCGAGAAGGGAUCCAUCACGGUGGAUGCGGUGGAAAAAUAAUGAACCGGUAAACUCGAGAGAGAGAGAGAGAGAAAGAGCAAAACAAGAGGAGCUAUUCGAGGGAAAUAGAAGGCUGGAAGGAAAAGGCCGGUCGUUAAUUAUCGGAUACGGCUCUAUCCAUCGAUGCAACGCAACGAUUCCAAAAGGUAGAGGCACAAAGGAGAUGACGAUGCGAUACAAAACGCGUCGCGUCGCGUCGGAGUGGAGGGGAGGAGGAUUAAUUUUAUUCGCGAGGCGACGCGGUCAAGUCAAAAAUUUACCCGUUCCAUCCCGAGGGAUACGUUGACGUUAUCCCACGCAGCAGUCGUACGUGAUUUCGAGACGAGCUGUCGAGAGAACGCGAUCGGCACGAACAUCGUGUUUGAUCCACGCGCGCGUUCAAUUGGGAUCGUUCGAGAGCGUGUAAACGUAACGACGAUUAUUAUCGAGAAAGGUAAAUAAACGAAAAAAGGUUAAUAAACGUGGGGAAGAAGGGUUUCUCGCUCGUCAAGAGAAACAAGAUCCUCCGUGCUUCCCCUCCAAUGUUUACCGAUCUCUCGAUAAAAGAGGAUUUCUGCGAACGAUUUGUAAAAAAAGAUCUUAUCCUGGUUGGGGAUAUUACCAGAAUGGCUGCACGAGAACCAAGUAAAAAUUGAUCGAAACGGGUAGGUCCCGAUCGUGAAAUUCGAAUCGAGAUGAGCGGUAUCGAUUUGUCGCGUAGAAAUCACGGUUCAAAAAUCCUUGCGGGGAGAACGAGGGUCAGAUAAUACGACGCUACGUGGGGAAAGGGAAGAAAAUGGCGGAUUGAAUCGAGGAUGGUACAAUAGCGGUACGGUAGCAACCAAUGGAAAGAAAUCGUGAGAAGCUGCUUCAACUCGGCAAAAGGGAAGCAAGUUCGGCUUUAUUGGAGAAACACGGGAGGAUUCUCCUCGCAACAUCUCUUUAAAUUGGAUUCCAAAUAUUCUCCCAAAUAUUUUUAUCUUAUCUCUUUCCCCAUUUCCCCUUUUCCCGAAUAUGCCGCUCGAAAUUGACACUCGAAACAAUCGUCAUCGUUUUUCAAUCGGUUUCUCCGACUCUCGUGGAUUAAUAGAGAAAAGGAAAAGAUAGGAUUCGCGGGAAAAUCGGAACACGGUCCGAAUGGAGAUGCCUCCUCUCGCUCGAGGAACUCAGUGUAAUUCCGCUUAAUUCCUCGGGACGCGAUCAGCGCGAAUUGCAGACGGAUGGAAUCGAAGAUUGUUCGACAUUGGUCACGAGCGACUAAUCCAAACAGAUUCGCGUCGCGUUUGCGCGCACAUUAGCCUGUCGGUAAUGCAAACUGAAAUCACGGAACGGUAACGACUAGGUGGCCUGCAUAAAUACCGGCCGCUAAUCAAUUGCGCCGAAUCACAGAGAAUUUUCAAUGCGAGCGGGAGGGCCGUUGUCUACCCUCCCCUCGCUCGUGUAUUCCGGGAACGGAUCCGCGUGGAAGGGUGGAGAGGACGGCCCCUGCGAAUUCACUGUAAAAGAGAAUUCGUCCUCCACCACGUCCCACGUCCCAAUGCCUCGAUCGAAACUUGCGAUCCGAGAAAGGAUUGACAAAAAGAAAAAGAAAAAGGAAAAAAUUCACAACGAAAGGAAAGACAGUGUAUAUUCGCCUCUGUAAAUUUCCUCCCAUUAUGUAAUACGCAAACGUAUCCGCGAAAUCCAAGGUCGGAGGGAUUAAAUUGUGUCGCGAUUAGUUCACAGUCUCUGGAAAUUUCGGUGGUGGGAAAACAAAGCUCCCUAUGAUUUAAUUAACGGGCAACCCUUUGGCGGACACAAUGGCCGGACGUGCUCCCGUUGGAGCAGCGCAUCGUUCGUCGCGCGUAGGAUCAAUUCUCGCUCGACGAUCGACCACCACCAUCCUUCCCACCUCGGAAAACCGGUACCCUCUCGGGACGAUCGUCGAGCGGCAAAGUCACGAGGGAUCGGAAAGGGAGGGAGAGAGAGGCGAAAAGAGGAAAGCGAUCGGACUCCCCUUCUCUCUCUCUCUCUCUUUCUCUCUCUCGCCCCGAGGCUCUUCAUUAACGCCUUAAUUAGAGGUGAAUUAUUGGAACGGUGGUAUCCGAAACGAGAGGCGGAUACACAUCCCCGAGUCUCGAUGCGUCCCACUCAUUAGUCCCGUUGUAUUAACCGAUGCGACACGCUUCUACAACCUGUCACGCCCGCGCCGCACUUUCCACUCCACACCCUUGUCUCCGCUCAUUCCCUGUCAAAUUAAGGUCCGAGCGUGAUUCUGUCGCCGCGACGGAUCGAAAAUUCGACGAAUCUGCCGAUCGACCGAGCCACGAGAGAGAGAGAGAGAGAGAUUUUCCGGAGCGGAGGGAGAGGGGGAGAGAGAAAAAAACGCGACCUCGACGUUUUGCAACAACUCGUUGCCAUUGGAUUACGCACGCACGCCUAUUACCCGUAACGACGAUUACCAAGAGUUAAUUCCGCGUCAGAGGAACGUGAACUUUGCGCCGUUUCAAAACUCAAGCCUCGCCCACGAAGUUUGUUCCCCAACUGUAACAUUGCACCUUGUUAUUCGUAGUGCCGGCUGUAUUUGCAUUAACACGGUUGACGUAUGGGGCGCGUGAGAACCAACAGCGUUACUCCCGUGCUUGCCAAGAGACCGCCAGGCUAACGAUGCUUUGAUAGUAAACGUUCGAGAGGGAAGAUCGGCGAAAAAUAAGGGAGAAUCUCUUUUUUCUCUCUCUCUCUUCCUCUUGCUCCGUCCACCGGAUUUAACCUAAAAUUCGAAACACGAACUAUCCCUCUGUUCAAGAUCCCCGAUUCGUUUGUCGGGGACGUACUGUAUCGGGUGACACGUGAUCCUGUGGAGUAACGUGGUGGAAAAAAUCUGUUGGACAAUCGAAGCCGGGGACCGUCCACCGUCCGAUCGAUACGCGGGAUAGAAAGAAAAAAAAAAAGGAAAAAAAAAAAGAAAAAAAGGAAGUGAGAAUCGUUAAAAGCGGCGCUUGGAAAAGUAGUUCGCAACGGUAUCGGGUUUUCCGGUGAAUCGAAACUAUCCCGGUCGCGCUUUUAGGACGGGGGCCCGCCGCUAUAAAAAUCCUCCGUGGAAAUUCCCUCGGAAAAGUCGUAUCGAGUUAUAUUUGCUUUUACGAGCUCCGUAAGGGAAAACGUGUACAGUAGAAUUUGAAAAAUUUCACCGACCGAUAGAAAUUUCGCGCACGAUGAAUCUCGCAUGAUCUCCUUACACGCAACCCGUUCCCCGAGUCGAGUCGAUGCAACUUGCCCCGUUACAAAUAAUUCAUCCAGGUGUCGAUCGAUAGAUUCGAAACGGGUGUUCUACGGAACGUUAUCUGCUAACGUUGAUCGUUUGAAAAAAAAUUGGAGAGAGGGAGAGAGACAACAGAAACAAGAAAUAUGUCGAUUUUAAUACAAAUUUCGAAAAUCCGCUGGAGGGUCGAUUAAAUAUUUCCUUUUUUUUCUUUUUUUUUUUUUUUUACAAUUGAACAAACAACAAACCUCCCGGAACGAUGUUUUUAUAAUUGAAAACGCGGGUCUCUCCAUUUUUUUUUUUUUUAUUUUCCCCGCCGUACUCGAAACAACGAUCUUUCCUCGAAUUUCGAAUUUUUCCUCCGUUCGAUCACCGUGAAAAAUAUCGACUGUUUUUUCUCGAUAAUUCCCUGACCGCGAACGAAAACGCGCGAUUAUCGCGAGGAACGUUUCCGAAGGUUGACAUUUCGAUUUCGGCUAUUUUUCAGGAUCGAUUUUUCAGAAGAGAAAAUAAUGAAGAUGAAAAACGAUGUCGGCGUAUUCCACGUUACGUUUCCGCGUCGAUGCGAGAAACAGGUGCGAUUCGGUGCAAAAAACGAUCUUCGCGGAUGGAGGAAAGAACGAGAAAGAGAGAGAGAGAGAGAGAGAGAGAGGAUAAAACGAUUCUUUUAAAGAUAGAAAAACCUUGAAGGGGCUGGUGAACGAUUCUUAAUUCCGAUCUGUCGCGCGUGUUAUUGGGAGGACCCUAUUAAUAGCGGGAAGGUUGUCCAACCGAAGGAGAACGGUUCGAUGACUCUGAUCCGGCGUCGAGUGGAGGAUCGCAACGCGCGAUAAUUUGGCGAACGAAGAGGUUUUCGAUCGAUGCAACGGUGGCGGUUUGCAAUCGAUUAAAACGAUAGCCGUUGAAACAGCCGUGGAACAAAACGCGGAGGACGGUGGGCAAAUAACGCGUGCGUUGUUCGAGGAUCGGUAUACAAGCCGCGCGGUAAACAACCGGCGGGUUCGAAGGGAAUGAAUAUUUGUGGAAUGAAAAUUUGAGGACCCGGCCCUGAUUUCAAAACCGUGAUUGGAAGGAUGCGUUGCGCGUUUAUUAACGCGCCAGAGGUGCGAGUCGGAGGGAUUAAAUUUACGAAUUGGAAAAACCCAACGUUUCUCCAUUGGAUUUCGGAACGUUGUUUCUCGGCCGCAAGCUGAUCGAUGAUCCACCUCUCCUCGACAACGCUUCGGUCGACGCUCGGCGGCGAAGAAUAGCAUCCGAGGGAAGAGAAGAGAGAAGAGAGAAGCACGACAGGUUGCGUAUUUUCGCGCCGGCGUGAAGGCAUCGCGUGCGACCCGUGAAAUUAUGCCGCGCGAUGCACGUCGGCCGUGACGACGCACACGGACGUUCGCAUAAUCGAACGGAGAGGGAUCGUUGGAACGUGAUAGAGGUGGUCACCGCGGCGUGAAGCGAUCCAGCCAGUUCGGAUGCAAAUCUUGCCACGUUUCGCAUCCCGCGUUCGCGAGGGUCAGGUGCGGUCGAGAGAGCGUUGCAUCGCGAUCGUUCGGCGAGGAAUUCAGAGGAGAGAGGACACCAUCCUCUCGGCCGUCGAUAAGAGAGAGGGAGAGUUCUCGCGCGCGGAGAACGAGACGGGGGGCGACGAAAAAGAAAGGGAGAGAGAGGAAAAAAAAGCAGGAAAGAGGGAAAUACCGACAAAAGACUGUUAAAGCGCAAUUACGCGGGCAGAACGCGGGCGAAAAAAAGGAGCAACAAGUAGGGGAAAAAAAUAUCGCCGCGCGACGUGCAGUUGCGAAAAACGCGAGGUUGCCAGAGGGAACCGGCCGGUAAUUGCGAGCGCAGCCGCGAGAGGAGAGGAGGUGGAGGGGCGCAGCGCGGCCAGCCCCGAAACGAAAUAAUUCUCGGGACGGGAAAACAAAGGGGUGGUCGGCAGAAAAUCCGAAAUACGAGUAGGAAGUGGCGUUAACCCCGGACAAUCGCGGAUAGCAAGGCAAAUGGGAUGUAAAUCUUGGUUCGCUUUGCGUUAUGUCAUUCCCGGCACAGAGGUGAAACGGUCGUAAAGCGUGGGUGGGAGAAGCGUGGCCGCGGGAUUAUGCGAGAGAACGGAGCCGUGGCUUUUACGAGCGGCGUCCUCCGCGUGAAAAUCCGGCUUCAGACCGGGCCGGUUAUGCGAGCAUUCGACGACGACGACGACGCGUUACGAGGCGAAGCGUUACGGGUCCGGAUCGUUCACCCGGCUCCGCAUCGCGGAUGCUGCGUCGACGUGUGCCGCAGCGACACCAUCACCGCGAGCAAACGACCGAUUUCUGACUGCCCCGCGUCCUUCCGGCACCACGAUCCGGCUGCACGCUCCUAUCACCUCUCCUAUUACCCGUUGAUAAAUAUCAAACGCGUUCCCCGCCGAUUUCUCCAUCCUCCAUAAUGGAGGAGAGGGGGAAGAGAACGUUAAAGUUGAGAGAGGAUUAUCAAUGAACGAAGCGCACUCACACACACAAGUUUCCUGCGCUGGUGGACGCGAACGAAAAACGCAUCGACUCGAUCUAGUUUUUCGACGACAAUUCCCUCCGAAGUACGCAAAGCGGGAUCGAAGCGAGCGCGAUUUACAAGUCGUUCCCCGUCAAAAUAAAGAUAUAUCUCUCGAGUGAUUCGUUCCAUCCCGGUCUCGAUGUUUCCAAGGUGCGAACGCCGCGACCUCGACGAUUCGAUUCUUCCAACGUUCGCUCACCGCCGAUCCCAGACAACGGCCACUCGCGGGAAACGAAUAUGGCGCAACGAAUUGUUUUCAUUCGCGAUUUUUCUCCCUCUCUCUCUCUCUUUCUCUCGAUGUCUAUUCGACGACGACGUUAAACCUCGCUAAAGAAGAUAUUUUAUAUUUAUCGUCGAGCGAUAACUAUUCCCCUUGCGUUCGAAGACUCUAAAAGAUCCCGCAGUCAGGAUCCCUGAAAUGAUCGCAAUUUAACCGAAGGGAGAGAAAGAGAGAAAGAGAGAGGGGGGGGAGAGGGAGAGAGAGAACGUAAUUCGAAUUAGAACGAAAGAAUUAACGGCGACUCGAAACACGAAACCGUUCUCAUGACGCUAAACAACUCGACAGAUUAAACGUUAAACGAUUCGCACGGCCUUAAUGAGUCGGGCAUUAAUGCGCGCCGUGAAAAAUCCCAACGACCCAAUGUCGUAAUGGCGAACGUAAAUACAGAGGUUCGUUCGGAGACGUAUCGUAUUGUGGUAGCGGGAAUUCGAAUAAAUUGUUCCCGGUGCAGCACCUCACUUAGCAAAACCGUCGAAGGGGGCGCGUUAACAACAAUGCACGCGCAGAUAUAUAAAAGGGGGAGGGGGAAGGAUGAUGGAUCCGGACGCGAAACAAAAGAAA